AUGUUGUGGUCACGGUGGCUCGUCCUGCUGCUGUGCUGGUGGGGGACUUCCGCCGCCGAAGGCAACACGGGAAGCGGUCAGAAUCCGCUGCCGAAGCAGGGCGAGUCGAGGGCUGACCCUAACUGGCAGCGCUCGCCGCCGCCGGUGGAGCAGCUGAGCUUCGGCUUCGUCCCGGCGGCGGUCUACGACACCCACGCCUACUACGAGCCCGGGGCCAUCGGGAUACUCUUCCACAUGGUCCACGCUUUUCUCAACUUGGUCCAGCCCAACUCCUUCCCCAAAGAUCUGAUUGUCAAAGUCAUUCAGCAAAAUAUGGGCGGGAUCAAACUUGACGAAUGGAGAAAGCCGGACAACGUGGUCCUCCUUCUCGAGGGGGUUUACUACGAGUUGGGCUUCCUGGUGUGCGCCACCAUCGGCGUUUUGUUCGUGGUGCUGGUCCCCGUCUUGGGCGCCUUUUUCUGCAUCUGUCGCUGCUGCGAGAAUUGCGGCGGGGAGAUGCACCAGAGGCAGAGAAAGAACGCCGACUGUCGGCGAGGCUUCUUCACCGCCACGCUCGUCGCCACCACAAUCUUCAUCGUUUUGGGCGUAAUAAUAGCUCACGCCGCCAACCACAACAUGAGCUCCCACAUCAAGAGCACGCGGCGCUUCAUCAACACCAACAUCCGAGACUUGAAGACGUUCGCCAACAACACGCCCGCCCAAAUCGAAUACAUGACGGCGCAGUACGUGACGGCCAAGAAUAAAGUCCUCUCCGAAUUGGACAACAUUGGACCUUUGCUGGGCGGGAGGAUCUACAGUCAGCUGGAAAAGGAGGUGGUUCCCUCGCUGGACACGGCCUUGCGGAUGGCGGGAGCCAUGCGCGAGACCAAGGAGGCCCUGGAAAACGUCAGUUCCUCGCUGCAGGUCCUUCAAGAAGGCUCGGACAGACUCAAGGACGGUCUGUCCGCCGAGCGAGCGUCGCUGUCCAACACCUUGUCGGACCCGGCGUGCACCAACGGCGCCGUGUCGCCCAGUUGCAACGCCAUCCGCUCCACGCUCUUCCAGCUGGGCGUCAACGCCGACUUUUCAAAGUUACCAGAUGUGGAGAACGCCUUGGAGAACGUCCACACGGUUCUGAAGACGGACCUCAGCAAUAUUAUACAGAAGGGCUAUUCGUCCUUCAACGACACACCCAAGUUGGUUAAAGAGCAGACCAAAAAUAUUGUAGCAGGGGUGAAAGGAAUGUUGGACAAAAUCGGCUCGGAGAUCAACGCCUUUGCCAAGAUGUUUCCGGUGGAGGCGUCGCUGGCCAAUUUCACUGUCUUCCUCAACCAGGGCCAGAAAAACAUCGAGUCCUACUACGCGCAGAUCGACCAGAUGGACUUUUACAGGUGGAUCGGCUGCGUGGCGGUUCUUUGCAUGGUGGUCCUCAUCCUGUCCUUCAACAUCCUGGGCCUGCUGUGCGGGACUUGCGGCUACGACAAACAGGCCACGCCCACCACCCGCGGCUGCCUGUCCAACACCGGAGGGAAUCUGCUGAUGGCCGGGGUGGGCUUUUCUUUCAUCUUCGCGUGGCUGUUGAUGGGCAUGGUCACCACUCUGUUUGUCGCCGGCGGCAACGUGGAGAAGUUGCUGUGCGAGCCGCUGGCCAACCGCCAGCUCUUUCAGAUCAUCGACACGCCUUUCUUGGUCCACCCGGCCAAGAAGAACUUCCUUCCCGGGAUGCUGUUUCAGAACCCAAACAUUGACUUGACGCUGGGAAGCAUGUACAGGGAAUGCCACGACAACAACGGCCUUUAUCACGCUCUGCAGCUGGAGACCAUGUUCAACAUCAACUCCUUCCUCAACAGAACCGUGUACAACAAAGACUUGGCCAAAGUCUUGGAGAGCGUUCAGGUGGAUCUGCAGGACAUCACCUUGCUGGAGCAGGCAGGCAGAGACAACCUCAUUAACUUUGCCAACGCGGGGAUCGGAAUCAUCGACUACGAAGCGUACCUAGCGGAGGUCAACAAGGGAAUCACACUUGUGGACCUUUUGACCUUUGCUGCUGAUCUGGAAGGACAAGCUGACCAGUUGCCACGCGGCGCUUUGGAAAAUGCGCUGAAAGGUCACGCCAGCAGCAUUCGACAGAUUCACAGAGAACUGGUAGUCCCCAUGGAGCAAGCCAUGAAAUACGUCCGUGCCAGGAGCACCAUGAGUCAAAGUGUGAAGCAGCUGCAGAAAACCUCCGGUGACCUGCCGGUCAAGGUGACCAACAUCCUGAGCGCCAUCGACGCGGCCGAGUACCUGAUCAGCAACAACGCCUCGCAUGUGGUCAAGCAAGAAAGCAAAAAGUAUGUCCAAAGUCUGAUCGGAUACUUCAGACAGUACACAAACUGGGUUCACAACUCUCUGACUGCAGAAGUGGCUCAGUGUAAACCGAUCAGCAACAUUGUGGACAGCAUGGAGAUUGUCGCGUGCAGUUUUAUUACGGACUCAGUGAAUACAUUCUGGUUUGGACUUGGACUGAGCAGCAUCCUGCUUCUUCCCAGUAUCAUCAUCUCUAUCAAACUGGCCAAAUACUACCGAAGGAUGGACACGGAAGACGUUUUUGAAGAGUGA